GCAUUGUGCGCGCGCUCGUGAGACGACGGAGCCUCGUACACAUCCUGCACGCGAUUUUCGUCAACUUUUAGUAAACAACGCGCCGUCGUAGCAUUUGCACUCGGAGGGAAUGCACAACAGCUAUAACAUCAAAAAGCUUCUGUGAUUGCUCCCGGUUGUAAUUCCGUGUUAGUUUAAUAAAUGGCUAAAGUAAUAAACAAAAAGAACACAGGCUGUAAAGAGACACGAUUCACGGAGAACGAAUUACAAGAUUUACGCACUGCAUUCGACUUAAUCGAUGCUAAUCAAGAUGGCCGCCUGAAUACAAAUGAAUUGAGCAGAAUGCUCAGUCGUCUUGGAAUUACUCUCGAGGAAAGCACUUUAAUAGAAUUAAUUCGAGCUGCAAGUCAUUCAGGUAAAGACCUGUUGGAUGAAGCUGAGUUUAUGUUAUGGGUGAAACGAAUACAGGAUUUAUUCCCGUCUGAAGAGGAAGACAGCAGUCAGGAAGACCUAAUGGCCGCGUUUCGCGUUUUUGACCUAGAUCACAAUGGAUACAUAACACGUGAUGAGUUAAAGACUGCGAUGGAAACCAUUGGUGAACCUGUUACGGAACAACAAAUUACCCAGUUUCUAACAAUGGCCGAUACUGAUAAAGAUGGGAAAAUCAAUUACGAAGAAUUCGCUCGUCUAUUGCUUUAAACUGAGAUAACUACAGUUUAUUUAGGUAUUAAGUAUUUCAAUAGCUCGUUAUAUUCCUUCCAUUCUGUUUUGUUAUCGAUUUAGAGAUAUUUCUGUUAACGAGUGUGAAUCACGUGCAAAGGAUGAGGACUUGACGCGUGAGGACACGAACACAUGUUGCAAAAUCGAAGUAUUGCGUAGAAAUGUGUACAAUUUUAUUUGGAGUGACAUAGCACUGAUUAUUAUAUACUUUUAUAAUUUUUUCUUCUAAGAAAAUAAAUAGUGUAAUAUAUGCUGCAGAAAAAUAAAUAACUCACUUAUA